UUUCAGUACUGAAUUUCCGUUGGCGCUUCACGCCGUGUUCACUGGUGAAGAUGCCGAAGUUUUACUGUGACUACUGUGACACAUAUUUAACACAUGAUUCGCCGUCGGUAAGAAAGACUCACUGUAGUGGGCGUAAACACAAAGAAAAUGUUAAAGAUUAUUAUCAGAAAUGGAUGGAGGAGCAAGCACAGAACCUUAUAGACAAAACAACUGCUGCUUUUCAGCAGGGCAAAAUUCCACCCACACCGUUUCCGGGUGCUGGCCCUCCUGGUCCAUCACUUCUUCCUCAUCCCACGAUUGGUGGACCACCUAGACCAGGCAUGUUACCAGCUCCUCCAAUGGGUGGGCCUCCAAUGAUGCCUAUGAUGGGCCCCCCUCCACAUGGCAUGAUGCCUGGUGGUCCUGGUCCUGGUAUGCGCCCCCCUAUGGGUGCUCCAAUGCAAAUGAUGCCAGCCCCCCACAUGAUGCGACCUCCUGCUCGGCCAAUGAUGAUGGCCAUAAGACCUGGCAUGGUACGGCCAGAUCGGUAGGAAGAACUGUAGUGUCGCGAUUGCCCUCCUUUCCCCAAAAAUCGUCAAAAUUAGGAAGAUUUUUAUAGUUUGGUUUAUCACACUUGGUCUCAUUUUACUGGACUUUUUUUCCUUUCCUUUUUAACCUGGAUGUCCAGAAUUUCCCUGUUGCCAUGCAAACUGGUUAUGAUUUACUUACAAGGAUUGCAGACAUGUGAGUGGGUAACAUCUACGUUAUGGUUGUAUGUACAAUUUUUUUACAAUAAAUUUACAAACCAUCAGAA